AUGACUGCUAUCUUCCUGAUGUCCAUGGUUUUGGGCCUUGUUUGUGGGCAAGCUGUGUCUUUUUGUGUUCCAACUGAGUAUACCAUGCACGUUGAAAGGAGAGAGUGUGCCUAUUGCCUAACUAUCAACACCACCAUCUGUGCUGGAUAUUGUAUCACACGGGAUAUCAAUGGCAAGCUGUUUCUCCCCAAAUACGCUCUGUCUCAGGACGUUUGUACGUACAGAGACUUCAUCUACAGGACUGUAGAAAUACCAGGAUGCCCAGACCAUGUCGCUCCCUAUUUCUCCUACCCGGUUGCUGUAAGCUGUAAGUGUGGCAGAUGUAACACCGACUACAGUGACUGUAUACAUGAAGCCAUCAAGACUAAUUACUGUACCAAACCUCAGAAGCCCUACAUGAUGGGGUUUUCUGUCUGA